UUUUUUUUUAUGUGUGUGCAUGUUGUGAACUUUACAUUUAAGAAUCUGACAUUGUGUGCGCAAACGUAUGUGCCGUCUGGAACCGACUGCAAAGCUUUGGAGUCGAUUCUCGGUUCCCAAUUCAUAGGCUCGGAGAAUCGAUUCUUACUGGCAUCGAAUCGCCCGAAAGAGAGAGAGAGCGCGCGAGAGAGACAGAGAGAGAGAGAGAGAUCAGCAGGCUCGCCUGGCGCGGCUAAAGCUAACAGGGGAAGAAAACAUGGAGCUGUCUGCUGUCGGAGAGAGAGUCUUCGCCGCCGAAUCCAUCAUCAAACGGCGGAUCAGAAGAGGUCGGAUGGAGUAUCUGGUGAAAUGGAAAGGUUGGUCACAGAAGUACAGCACCUGGGAACCGGAAGAAAACAUUCUGGACUCUCGGCUUUUUGCUGCUUUUGAGGAAAGGGAGCGUGAAAGAGAACUUUUCGGGCCCAAGAAGAGAGGACCGAAACUCAAGACCUUCCUGAUGAAGGCUCAGGCCAAAGCCAAAGCGAGGUCCUAUGAGUUCCGCGGUGAAUCUUCACGCAGCAUCCGCAUUAACUACCCAAACCCCGAGCCUCUGGUGACACCAAGGGCCAGAGAGGGGCUCCGCAGCGUCGUUCCAACCAUCUUCCCUCCUAGCACGGUAAACCGGGGCGAAAGCGUCCGACCCGCCCACCAGGAACUGACCCAAGAUCAUCGUCCCCUUCUGUCACAGAGAGCCGAGUCAGGCAGGAUGGGCCACAUCCCUAAAAAACGUGGUCGCAAGCCCAAACUAUUCAGAGAGGGCUACUCAAGUGUCCUACAUUCAGAAAAGAGCAAGAUGGACGAGUCCAUGUCGGGCAUCCCGUCCAAAAUGGCACGUCUCGAACUGGGCGAGGACGACGAGGACGCUCUGAGCGCGAGGUCUCAAAAGCGACAGAACCCUCUCCUCUUUCCUCGUCGGACGUUGGAAUGGACCAAAACAAGUGACGAGUGCAGGACUCGAGAGCACGCCAGCAGUCAUUUCCACCGCAAGUACCUUAAACACAUCAGACAUCACAGAGCAUUCAAACACGGAGACACGCUGGCCAUCAAACAUCAACAUCAUCAUCAUCAGCAUCACCCUCAUCAUCAUCAUCAUCAUCAUCAUCAUCACCAGCCUUCACUCAUCGCCAAGAUCCCCAUGGCACGGAUCCUCGGAGAACCAGAGGAGGAAGCGGAACAGGAGGAGGACGAGGACGCAUGGAGGCCCUGCUUCAGCAAUGUGGAGAAGGUCACGAUCACCGACGUGACAACAAACUUUUUAACUGUCACCAUCAAAGAAAGUGACACGGACGAAGGCUUCUUUAAAGACAAGAGAUGAUUCUGUUCCUGUUGUGCACAGACCGAUGAUCAGCUACACAUUUCUACAGUUAUAUUGCAAUAUUCCACAUGAGCAGUAUGGUUAUCGUGGACACGUCAAAAUAUCAUCCAUUUGGAAAGCAGGAUAAGGAGUGGAGAAUAAAUAAUAAAUUCUGUUCCCCAGACCAUGGACUUCUGAAGACAAUGUAGUAUCAUUUUAAAAAUACUACUAAUAAUUGUAAUAAUAUUGUGAACAGUGAUAAUGUUAUUGCAACGAACAUUUAAAAUAAAGGUAUCAGAUUUCUUUUAGGGUGAAAUGAUAGAAGAGCCAUUUUUGAUUCCCUGAAGACCUUCUAGAAGGUCCUGGAUGCACCUUGUUGGUUCUAUGAUUAACUGAAAAUUUCCCACCACAGUGUACAUUCUUAUGGUAGGAAAUGAUUAAUUAGUUCUUUUUGACAACAGCACAAAACAGGAAACAAAAAUUGGUCUUUUUCACUCUAAAAAAUGUCUGCCACCUUUGUUUUUAAAGCCUGUAGUCACAACCGCUAAGUAUUUGUUUCUGCUCCUUUUUCAUCACCAUGUGCUGUAUAUGAAGAUGCCAAGAUAUGAACAUUUAAUCCCAUUUUCUGUGUGAAACACUGAACCGUGAUGGCAGAAUGUGAGGAGAAAUUUGCAUGCACUAUAAAAAGUUUCAGCUGUGAGCUGAAUCUGUGUCCGGGAUUAUAGAUGUGUGUAUAGAUGUUCGGCUCCCGGAGCCCUUUUCUUAAAAUUUUUUUUUUUAAAUCACAAAUCAUAUA